CAUUUUUCUUGCCUUUUUAACGCUUGUGGAUGUAUGAUGGUGGUAUAACAUCUAUGAUGAUUAUUGAUGAUAUGAUUGAUGAUAGUUUGUUGCUGUUGCGGAAUGUUGUAUGUACGGAUAUCAACCUAUGGAAAUCAACAGAAAGAAGUCUUAUGAGAUACCAAAAUUUCCUGUGAAAGUGAUGUCAAAAAAUCUUAUAAAAACCAUAUGCGGAUGUUCUAUCAAUAAAUAAUUUUUAAUAAUUCGUCAUAUUAUUGAAGAUUUUGAUUUUUAGUACCAACAGAUGCCGGAAAGUCUACAACCGGUUCUUAGCGUGAUGACAGAUACAGAACCUGAUCUUAGUACCUUCGAAAACAAAUCAGGUUUAGCAGAAGAUAUGAAAUUUUUGGCUUCCAUGCCAGAACUUUGCGAUGUUACUUUUCUGGUAGGAGAUACCAGAGAGCCAGUUUGUGCGGUUAAAGCAGUGUUAGCUGCAAGAUCAAGAGUUUUUCAAAAAAUGCUCUAUCAGGCUCCAAGUCCUCAACGAAAAAAGGAACCACCACCCAAAGAAAAUAAACUUCGUCUAUUUUUAAAGAGAUCUUCUGAACCGCUUCUUAAUUUACAAAAUGCUUCACAACAGCGGAGCUUCACCCAGCAGUUGGCUCCCAUCCCAGAGCCUCCUUCUCAGCAACAUCAGACAUUGAUUAUAGAAGAAUUUGAGCCAGAUGUGUUUAGGCAACUUAUAGAAUACAUUCAUACAGGAUGUGUAACUUUGCAACCGCGAACGUUAUUAGGCGUUAUGAACGCAGCUGAUUAUUACGGAUUAGACGAAUUAAGAAGAGCAUGUGCAGGCUUUGUUCAAUGCUGCAUCAACGUUGAUACUGUGUGUGCUCUACUGGCAUCUGCUGAAAGGUACAUUCAAUAUAAAUGUACAAAAUCGUUAGUUCAAAAGGUAUUAGAAUUCGUGGACGAACACGGAAACGAAGUGUUAAAUUUAGGAUCAUUUACGUUGCUUCCUCAACAUGUUGUACGCUUAAUAUUGGCCAGAGACGAACUUCAUGCAGACGAAUUCACCAAAUUUCAAGCAGCUUUAAUGUGGAGUAAAAAGUAUUGCGAUAACAAUCCAACCACAGCUUUAAAAGAUGUGAUCGGGAACUUUCUAGAAUACAUUCAAUUCCAUAAAAUCCCGGCGAACGUCCUUAUGAGAGAAGUACAUCCGCUAGGUUUGGUACCGUACAGUAUUAUUAUGAAUGCACUUGCAUAUCAGGCAGACCCAGCAAGUAUCGACCCCUCCAAACUCUCACCUAACAGAGUAAGGCGCCAAGCUCAAGGGAGGUCAAUGUCGGUGCAAAGUUCAUUGGAUCCUUACGGUUCGAAUACAACACUGAGCAGCAGUGCGUCUAGCGAGUUAGUGUCUUCAGACGGCAAACAUUCGUCCAACUAACAAACGGCCAUCAACGCACCCCGAUCCACUCGACAACAUCAUCAACCUCUCCAAUCGAUUACGGUCCCACAAUCUGCAGCACCUGUUAUCAUCACACGUCAAAUUGAACGGUCACAAUAUUUGAGUCCUCAUCCGUCUCCACAUUCCGCAUCCAGUACCAAUUCUACAUCGCAGUCGUCUCCCAGACACACAUUCACAUUCACCAUCGUACUCAAAAAGGUGACUUCCAUUGACAAAAACCAAUUACACUAAACCGUUGCACAUUUUUUUAUGUGCGUUAUUAAUUUUUUUUAUUUAUAUCGCCAUACUUUUUUGUCUUAAAUGAGCAUAUUAUUGGUCAGUUCAGAUUUAAAAUUUUUUAACCCUUGCAUGAAGUUCCAUUCAGGAUUUCAAUCCUAUUAAGUUUAGAAAUUAUUUCUGUCUACAAAAUAAACCCGGCAUCUGUUAAAUUAAAUAUUCGUUAAAUAUUAAUUAUUACAAGUCGUCUUCAUUUUAAUAUCGGUUUGUUUGUACAUGUAUGUAUGUAUUUCAACGCACUAACUAUAUUACAUUCUCUGAAGUUUUAAUUUUUAUGAACAUUUAGUUAAUCGGCUGAUGAUUAUAAUUUAUUAUUUAAAACCAGAUUGAUCUGUCACGAUUUUUGCAACGGAUUUCUUAAAUAUCCGUUGGCGCGGUAAAAUGAUAAAAAUAUUUUUUUUUUUUUGAAAUUAAAGAAAGAGUUUAAGAA